CUCGCACAAACCCUCUCGGAUGACCCUACAUAUGAGCAUCUUGCGAGGAUUGGAAUACACUCCCCAAAGUUUCACCACCUUCUUCAUCGAGUUGCAGCAACCCCAACGUCACUUCAUUUGCGCGUGAUUAUCACUCCGCGCGGCUACCCCAACAACCCGCCGCGCUUCCCCGCAUUCCUUGCCUCUCACCACCGACACCAGAACCUCCAUGUCAUGGCCUCCCCCUUCCUGACGCCCAUGGACCCACCCGAAAGCGGCGCCAGUACGCCGGGUCCGUACGAGGACGCGAUGAGUUUCACCCCGCGCACGCGCCGCGCGAUCCAAUCGUUCGACAACCUUGUCGCGCUCGCCAACUACCAGGAGCGCCUGAAGGAGGCGCGCAAAAUGGUCUGGCGCGACAGAGGGGAGCCGGUGGUCGAGUUGUAUACGCUGCAGGACUGUAUCAAGCAUGCCGCGAUGGGCGGGUUCCGCUCUGGGGCGCUAGCGUUCACACUGCGCGCAUUGAUCAACGUGGCUAUUGCGCUGGUUAGGAUACGCAAGGUGAAGCCGAGGUCUCAGCGGCUGAGUGUCAUAUUCCACGCCCUGUUCGGAAAGGACACUUUCCAAUUUGCCUCUAUGCUAGGAACCUUCGUCUCCCUUUACAAGUUUCUCCUCAACGCGAUUCCCCUCUACAUCCCCGCUGUCAACCCACCCGACUUGCGCUACGAUUCCUGGGAGGCCGCCACUUUCGAAGAAGAGGAGUCCACCCAGGACAAGCUCGAGGCUGGACAGCUCCCUCCAGGCAUGCGUCGGACGGCACGCCGAGAUCAACGCCUCUCCCUCAGCGCACAUGCGCAACUCGUUCUAACCCGCAAGAAGACGCGGCGGUGGCACGCUGCGAUGGCGGGGGCUAUCGCUGGUGGGCUCGCCAUUAUGUGCGAGAACAAGAAGAGGCGGAAUGUGAUCGCGCAGCAGUUGUUCGUGCGCGGCCUGCAAGGAUCGUACAACUCUGUUUCCGAGAGGACAGGGUUCCGCAUACCUCACGGCGAGGUCAUCCUUUUCUCUCUGUCAUGCGCUCAGAUUAUGUACGCAUGGCUCAUGCGGCCGGAGGCACUGGGCUUGGGUUAUGCGAACUGGAUCUCACAAGCAUCCAAGGUCCCUGUACUCGCGCCACAUAUUCACCGUCAACUUGCCAGGACAGGUACAGCGAACAUCGCUGACAUUGACAAGGCUAUCAACCUAAAGGAAAUCACCCCCGAAAACGUCAAAACCUUCCUUGAGUUGCGCAACAUGCUCGCCUCGCCCGACUCCCCUUCCUCCAAAGCGUCUAUCCCGCCCUACGUCCCCUGCGCCGUUACGCACCCUGCGUUAAACAACUGUACUGCCGUACCGCUCGAUCGCUUUGUCGACGUCGCCUGGUGGAUCAUGCCCGUGUACACCGCGCUGCACUUCAUCCCGAUGGUGCUUUUCAAGCGCAAGGCCUUCGUGCGGGACCCGAGCCGGAUGCUGGGCAAGGCGGGCGUCGGGACGUUGCGGAGCAGUGCAUUCUUGGGCGCGUUCGUAGUGAUCUACCAGUCCCUCUUCUGCCUCAAGCACCAGACGUACGCCGCUUACCACCGCCUGCCCGCCUCCGCCGCUCUUCGGCGCAUCAUCCCGCCCUGGCUCGUCAACCUCCUCGUCGGGCGGCUCGCGUUGAUCGUGACCGGCAUGGCUACGGGGCUGUCCCUCUUCGUCGAGGAGAAGCGGCGGCGGGGCGAGCUGGCGAUGUAUGUGCUACCGAAGGCGCUGGAGAGUGCGUGGCGGACGGCGAGGGGGCGAGGGUGGGCGCCGCCGACAAGAGGGGUGGGGGAUGUGAUGUUGACGGCGGCGGGGAUGGGGAUGGUUAUGAGCGCGUACCAGAACGACCCGCAGCAUCUGUCGGGCCUUGUAAGGAGGAUAUUGUACCAGUUUAUCGGACCGAAUUGAUCGUUCUGUGUCACGGAUGCCAAGGAGGGUGAGGUCAGGGAGCUCGAAGAACAACUGCAUGCACG